UCAGGUUGUGAUGUUAAGUUCGCUUGUUGAAGGAGGAGUGGGCCUUGCUCAUUGUUGCAUUGUGCUAUCCUAACUAGUAAAUAGUUAAGUGGAAUUAUACAGCCUGACCUAGUGCGAAACGAUGCCUGCAAGCGACGGAAACGGAAAUAAAUCAGAUUUAGAUAUUACUUCAGCAUUUGCAUGGCAUCGUCUUAACGCUACCCCAGAGAAAGAAAGGUUUGCUGUCGAAUCUGCAAGAAGAGAAUGGGACGGAAUUGCCACAGUGGAACCGAUGUAUCAACUCAAUACGUACCCUUUGUCCCAUUUGACGUUCCAGCAAGCGUUAACGUACUUUCAACGGCUGUGUUCAGCUCAGAAGACGGAAAAUGUGAUUGUAGAAGUGGAGAGAAAAGGACUGUGCACACUUUUGUCUUGCUUGGUUGGUCCUCCACAACUGGAUGAACAUCUCAGCUCAGAGAGAGAGUUGGUGUUUGCCAUUUCAAAAUGUAAACUGGAUGUCAGAGAUGCAACACAUAUAAGAAUUCUCCAGACCGUGUAUUACAGAUUUACUGGUGCAAAUUUGGGCUGCCCAUGCUAUGGGGUGCACUGGGAGCAUAUAGGUUUUCAGAUUACAUAUUUGCAUCCAUACAGAACUGAAGGCUCUGUCCCGACUGCCUUACGAGUAACUUCUGACCAACUGAAGGGCAGUGAUCCGGGCUCAGAUCUACGAGGUGUCGGGAUGCUGGGGAUGCUACAAUUGCUCUAUCUCAGUAGCAAUCCCAAAUUGUCAUCACUGGCACGCCACAUUUAUAGAGUGUCGACAGAUACAACUCAUAGCUUUCCUCUUGCUGUACUGAGUUUCAACCUGACACGGGUAGCCUUGCAAGCUUUACGGCAUGGACAGCUUAACAGGGAAUGCAAUGAACGCCAACAGGUCUUUGAUGUGGUUAAUGAAUUUUAUGCUGCUAUUUUUUUCCAUCUGCUUCAAGUGUGGACCACGCAACAUAAGACCAUAAAGGACUCAGGAUUUGUGCUGAAAGAUGUUGAAUGGUUCUGCAGAAGCAAUGUUCGCUUAGUACUGAAGAACCUACAGGCUCAUGUCAAAGCAGCUUCAGAAUCAUCCAUUGAGAAGCUGAGUUAUUUGGAAAGCUUCCAUGACUUACGAAGCCAGGCAAAAACUGAAGUAUUCAUUUAAAACUUCAAUUUUUAUGUAACAGUUAUAUAAACAGUUUUCAGUAUUAAAAUAUGUUGGUCUCAAAAAACAGGUUGUACUCACGUAACAUUGAAGAUUGUACUGUCCUACAUCUACACUAAUAAAAAAUUUUUCACUAUUAGUCAUCUCAUAAAUUUUGAGUAGUAAGGUCCUCCACCAUUUGCAUUUACUAUGUCAGCACUUUGCAUUAAGGUAUAUUUUUGCCUUGUAUCCUAUAUUAUUCUUUUGUUCUUUUUCAUUAAUGACACUCAAAUCUCAAAUGCCCCCCCCUCCCCC